AUGAAAUCUCAAUCGAUCUACUCAUCUUUAUUAUUGUGCAUUUUAACUUUUUCUCAUUUUCUAACAAUAGCAGCUGAAAGAUGUGUCGAUUUUCCAGAUCCUUUAAAUCUUUCUAAGCAAGUAAUUGUAGACUGUCCACCUACUGCGAAUAAAGACGUUUACGUUAAGCGUCAGACCACCAAUUUCUUUGAAGUAACUCAUAAUUGUUCUGCUACUGCAGCCUUAUGUAAUAAUAUCAAAGAGGCCUUUAAUGACGCUGGAAAAGAAAUAUCAAAAGUAUUGAAGUUAAAACAGAUAAUCAAAGUAAAUGCUACUUUUACAGACCUUUUUGAUCCAACUUUAUUAGGUGCUGCUGGUAGUGCACGAUAUUUACCACUGACCUCGGAUGAUAAGAUCAUAAGGCUUUAUCCUCAACCUCUUGUAAAACAAUUUUCCUUAAGUGUACAUCCUGAAUAUGAUGAUUACGAUAUUAUUGCAUUUUUUAAUACAGGCGUAGAUUGGUGGUUUAAAACCGAUAACGAAACAAUCGGUUCUGAUCAACAUGAUUUUUAUUUAAUUAUAUUACAUAAACUUAUACAUGGACUUGGGUUCAUAUCAAGUUGGAGUAAUCUCCUUGAGACUGUAGUUGAUCAAGAUAUCACUGGUCUUACUCCUAUUCCCGAUUUCGGUGUAAGCACAUCGAUAGAUUACACUUCCCAAUUAAAUGAGUCAGUAUCUGUUGAAACUUCAUUCGAUACUAACUUGGAAUUUAUCACUCAAGUAAAAUCUUCUUCACAAUGGGAAAUUGCAGAAUCUGCAUUUAUAUCAGCAACUACUAAUGAUAGUUCUGGCAUAAAUCACGUCAGCGAAAAGCAUUAUGAUUUAACUCCCAAUUUUUUGAUGACAUGGAGUCAAGCUUCUGGAGAAACAUUAGAAUACGCAAUCCAAAGAGGUGGGAAUUACUCAUCUCCAAUUGGACCCAGAAUUUUGUCUAUACUUGAAUCAAUAGGAUAUUAA